AUUCGGUCCCUUGAUCCAUCUAUAUUAUGGAGGAACCACCUUUUCGAGCUAUGGGUGGGUGUGAAAUUUACAAUGUCGGGCUGGGAAGUAGAAGCUCGAUUGGAGCCUGGAAGACCUGAUCCACAAUCUCAAACGAGGAGUCCUGGAGAGCCAGAUCUUCGACCUUGGACGAAUGAAAAACAUUACUACAUUCGACCGCUUCUUCAAGUUUUGGAGAGCCAGAUCGUCAAACUCAAACGAAUGAGUCCUGGAGAGCCAGAUCUUCAACCUCAAACAA